UCAUAUCCUUCAGCAUUCACUCCAACAUUGAGUAUUUUUUUCAUCUUUCCUAAUUGCUAUGAUAUUUAUUAAUUUCUCUUCCACAUAAUUAAAACCCGCUACUCGAUUAAAUCGAGUCCUGAGGAUAGCUAAGAGUUACGUCGGAGAUACCUUCGCAGUUCGCAACGAAGCAGAGCCAGGUCCGGAGUUUACGAAUCCUAAAAAAUUACGUAGAUCUCUGACGUGCAUAAUAAACGUACAAGAACACGCCGAUUUUCGCAGUACUUAUACGUCUCACCGCUCUCUAAUAGCAAUUAGAGGCCUGACGUUCGAGAGGUACCUCUGUUAAGACGUUCCCCUUUCUCCAUUCGAAUUUGCAAGCAUCCCAAAAUGGCAGGAUGGUCGCUACAAGAAGAGCUUGCGACACUUACAUAUCCGCCUGUCCCUCCAAAUUUUGGUGCGAAUUACUGCGAAACAAUUCGUUAUGACACAUAUGAGUAUAUCGACCCCGUAACUAAGUCUAAUUGUGAAGGAAAAGCCGUCUUGAUAACAGGGGGCAAUAAGGGAAUUGGUAAAGGGGUUGCCAUAUCCUACGCAAGAGCUGGGGCAUCCUAUAUUGCCAUCACGUCCCGCUCAGAUGCUCCCGAUGCCGUGACAGAUAUUGAAAAGGCCGCGAUAGACGCUGGUCGGAAACGGCCAGCAGUAACCCUACUUCGGAUGGACGUCGCCGAUCCAACGAGCGUGAAGGAUGCCGCUCACGUUCUGGAGGUGAAUUGGGGUCGGCUCGACAUCCUCAUCGGUAACGCAGGCUUCUUAGCAAGCUACGACAAAAUUCUAGAUGGAGACGAAGACGAAUGGUGGAAGAGCUUCGAAGUUAACGUUCGUGGAAGUUAUCUCGUCGCCAAGUCUUUCCUGCCCUUAAUGCUAAAAGGUGGCGACAAGACCAUCAUCAACAUGUCAUCAACCGGGGUGUCGCACUUCCACACUGGCGGAAGUAGCUAUCAGAUCAGCAAGUUUGCUCUAUUAAGACUCACGGAAUAUUUUAUGGCAGAGUACGCCGAUCAGGAUCUCCUAACUUAUUCUGUACACCCAGGCGGAGUAGCGACAGAUUUAGCCCGGCGGCUUCCAGAGCAGACACAAGCGUGGCUUAAGUGCACUCCAGCGCUGGGUGGAGAUACCAUCGCGUUUCUAACGAGCCAAAGGCAGCCUUGGCUGGCGGGAAGGUAUCUUAGUGCUAUGUGGGAUAUGGCCGAAUUCUUUUCUAAGAAAGAUGAGAUCAUUGCAAAGGACUCCUUAAAGAUGAAGUUGACAUUUUGAGCUUGAUAUCAGUUAUCACGAUGCAGAGCUAGCAAGCAAGAAGUUGAGUUAACUCUCGCUUAGGAAUACACUAGGUACCUACCUCUAAGUGCCCUUCAUUUGCUCUGUUCUAGGGAUAGUCAUAAAUAGACUCCUUGCAGGCCAAA